AUGGAUGACUGCUGUGCUGUUUGCGCCGAGCCAUUGGAAUGGGUUGCGUACGGACCCUGUUUGCACCGUGAGGUUUGCUCUACCUGUGUGGCGAGACUCCGUUUCAUUUGCGAUGAUCGCCGUUGCUGCAUCUGUAAGACCGAUUGCAAUCUCAUCUUUGUUACCAAGGCUCUAGGAGAUUAUACAAGGGUGAUUAAUGACUUUGCAUCCCUUCCGUCUGAGGUAAGGGAAGGAAAGGUUGGGUCGUACUGGUACCAUGAGGAUAUGAAUGCAUUUUUCGACGAUGUGGACCAUUACAAGAUGAUCAAGGCUAUGUGUAGGCUUUCCUGCAGUGAAUGUGACAAGGCGGAGGAGCAACAGAAUGAUGGGUCAAGGCGACAAGCAAGGUUUAGGAAUAUAGGACAGCUGAAGGGUCACUUAUUCCACCGUCAUAAGUUGCAUAUGUGCAGUUUGUGUUUGGAGGGAAGAAAGGUAUUUAUAUGUGAGCAAAAACUAUAUACUAGAGCCCAGUUAAAUCAACAUAUAAACACAGGUGAUUCCGAGGUGGAUGGAAGUGAGAGUGAUAGAGGUGGUUUUAUGGGGCAUCCUAUGUGUGAAUUUUGUAAAACCCCAUUUUAUGGGGACAAUGAACUGUACACACACAUGUCUACGGAACAUUAUACUUGUCAUAUAUGCCAAAGGCAGCAUCCAGGACAGUAUGAAUACUAUAAGAAUUAUGAUGACCUAGAGAUCCACUUCCGACAACAGCAUUUCUUAUGUGAAGAUGAUGCUUGCCUUGCCAAGAAAUUUGUUGUUUUUCAAUCUGAAUCAGAGAUGAAGAGACAUAAUACUAUGGAACAUGGAGGACGUAUGUCACGGUCAAAGCGUAAUGCUGCUCUUCAGAUACCAACUAGUUUCCGAUAUAAACACAAUAAUGAACAGGAUCAACGUCGUGGAAGAGGGCGAAUGUUUCGUCGCGAUCUUUCUGAAAAUCAACUUUCCAUGGCCAUUGAAGCCAGUUUGGAGACUGCUAAUGCUGAGCAAACAUAUCGUGAGCCAACUUCAAGUAGUGGACAGAUUGCUUAUGAAGACGGGGAUGCAGAUAUUGAUCCCAUCAUUCAUCCGUUUGAAUCAUUAGCUACUGCAGGUUCUGAAUCAACGUCAAGAUACCGUCAGGCCUUAGGGCAUGGCUCUAAACCACUGGUAGACUCCUCCUUUCCUCCCCUUCCUAUAACUUCCAGCAAUGGCCAGCAAAGGUCCAAACAUGAGUUUGAAGGCUCGUCAAGCAAUACUAUGGCAGCACGUUUGCGUCGGCAUGGCAACAGAAAUAUAUCUGUUAUUAAUUCUGGAAAUGCCUGGUCUGUAGCAGGUCGUGGACCUGUACAAACAUCAAGUAGUCAUUCGCAUUCUAAGAAGUCAACAAAUCAUGCUCUUGGAGGGUCUCAUAACUCUAGCCAGACAAAGACAGUAGUUAGCAGCGGACCUCCACCAUCAAGUUAUGCUAAUCCUAUUCCAUCUGCACAUAGCCAAACAAAGACAGUAGUUAGCAGUGGACCUCCACCAUCGAGUUAUGCUAAUCCUAUUCCAUCUGCACAUAGAACUGCUCAUGGGCAAUUACCUGCUGGUCCAUUGUGGGACACACGUGACAAUGGUAGAAUCGUUCACUCUGCAUCAGCUCCAAACCUCGUUGAGAACAACCCUGUUGGAGUUUCAAUUUCUGACUUUCCUCCCGUUUCUGCUUUACAAGUGAGCAAGUUACCUACCAGCAGCCAGCCUCCAUUGAAUGUGGAGAAUGUUCAAUCUGCCAACAAGUCCUUGGUUGACAAGAUUCGCAGUACGCUUGAUUUUGAUGAAGAUAGAUACACUAUAUUUAAAGACAUAUCUGCUCAAUAUCGCCAAGGAACAAUAGAUACUGAAACAUAUGUGGACUAUGUGCAGCAGUUUGGCUUGUUUCAUCUUGUACCUGAGUUGGCAAGACUAUGCCCAGAUGCUCGGAAGCAGAGAGAACUUGUGGAGUCUUACAAUGCUGGUUUGCAAAGAAACGCAUUUCAAGAAAGUGACAGGGUUUAUGGCAGUGCUAGCACCCAUCACAAGAAUGGUAAUGUUGACAAGAAAGGUAAAGGCAAGUCAUUAGAGGUUAAGCAGAAUCAAUCCACUGAGAAAUUAGCAGAUAGCUUUUUAAGCACCGUGCAUCAACUACAGUCAAAUUAUAAACCUUCAGAAGAGAAGUUGGAGGUGCUAUCAAAGGGUGCUUAUCGCACUGACAAGGGUAAAUAUAAAACCGAGCUGAAGACUGAUACAAACACUAGCAAUCAAAAUAUGAUUAAACUUGGUGGGAAGAUUGAAACGUCAAACGGCACUUUAACUAAUCAAAAUAAAGAGGAUGGGGUUGGUGGGAACAAGCAACGCAAGAAAGCUUCCAAGUUCCUCAGAGUUCGCCUUGGUGAUGGUUCUGCUUCGGCCCUUCUAGAUCUUGAUAACUCACGGACUACAUCUGAUCCUAGAGGAACAGAAAAUUUAGACGGUAACAAUAAUGAUUCUGGAGUUGGGCUGCCUGUGCGAGGUGUUUGGCGGAAGGGGGGAGGUCAAAAACUCUUCCCCUGA